AAACCCGGAGGAGCGGAUUCCACCCGCGAAGCUGCGCAUGCCCCGUCUCCCAGCGCCCGGCGCGGAUUACGGGGACUUCGGUGGCGCCUGCGGGAGUCUCGGCCUCUGGGCCCUGCUGGUGGCGCCGGCCCAAGGAGGCUCUGCGGCUGGUGGGCAGGAGUCUCAUACCUUCUGUUCUGUCUGUUUAGGAGUGUGUUUAAAGAAGAUUCACAAAAGGUGCUCUGACAGUGAAGUACUAUGAGCUUUCAGACCUUCUGGAGAGACUACAAAGUUCUGGUUGUUAUGGUACCUUUAGUUGGGCUCAUACAUUUGGGAUGGCACAGAAUCAAAAGCAGCCCUGUUUUCCAGAUACCUAAUAAGGAUGAUGGUUCUGAGCCAGAUAGUCUGGCACUUGCAAGUCCUCAGAAGAAACACAUUCAAGGGAAAUAGCAGGCUUGCAGUCUUUAGAAAGAAGCAUCUUUGAAUCUGAGCUUUGCUAAUUGAAAGAAAAGAUGAAAAACACCAGCUGGAUUAGAAAGAACUGGCUUCUUAUAGCUGGGGUUUCCUUCAUAGGGGUCCACCUUGGAACAUACUUCAUGCAGAGGGCUGCAAAACAAUCUGUAAAAUCUCAAUCUAGAAACAAACAAGAGAAUAUUGAAGAAUGAAGUAAAAUAAGUAUUUGGAAUUACUAAUGUAACAUCAAAUCACUACAUGCUGAUUUGGUUUCAUAAACAUGGAACCAUUUAAUUUUAUAGCAAUAGUACCACAUAUCCCGAUUUUCAUUCCUUAAGAAUAAUUUUUUUAAUGUCAAAACCCAUGACAUUGCAAAAAACAGAAAAAUAUGGUUAACAAAAUAAAAGCUGUCUUCAGUUACCAUCUGAACUAAGAUGUCUCGUUUAGAAGCUAAAAAGCCAUCGUUGUGUAAAAGUGAACCACUAACAAGUGAGCGAGUCAGGGCCACACUUCCUGUCCUGAAAGGACUCUUAACGUCAUGCUACGGCCCUUCAGGGAGGCUGAAACAGCUGCACAACGGCCUUGGCGGCUGUGUGCGCACAACCUCGCAGUCAGCAGCCCUGCUGGCUAACCUUCCCGUCACCCACCCCAUUCUGAAGAUUCUGACAACUUCCGUGAGGAAUCAUGUAUCAUGCUUCAGCGACUGUGGCUUAUUCACAGCCAUUCUUUGCUGCACCCUGAUUGAAAAUGAGCAGAGAGUGGGCCUGACACCUACCACUGUUAUUAAAUUAAAUAAGCAUCUUUUGAGCCUCUGUACCAGUUACCUCAAGUCUGAGGUCUGUGGUUGUCGGAUUCCAGUGGACUUUAAUAGGACGCAGAUCCUCCAUUGUUUGGUGCAUAGCAUACUAAGAAGUAAACCUGCCUGUAUGCUCACCAGAAAGGAAAUAGACUACAUCAGUGCUUUGAUUCUGAGAGCCUUUUUGCUUACAAUUCCCGAAAACACCAAAGAGCACCUCAUUUUAGGAAAGAGUUUAAUUGUGCCUUUAAAAGGGCAGAGUGUUACAGACUCUACUGUAUUACCUGGAAUACUUAUUGAAAUGUCAGGUAUUCAGUUGAUGAAGAUAUUACCUAUCACAAAGCCAGAUGCCCUCAAGGUGGCACUCUUCUGUACAUCGUUAUCUGGGGAUCUGUCUGAUACUGGAGAAGGAAGUGUUUUGGUCAGUCCUGGGGUUUCUCUUGAAAAUGCAGCCCUGGAUCAGUUGCUUAACCUAGGAAGGCAGCUAGUUAGUGAUAAUGUAGAUCUCGUCUUGUGCCAAAAAGUUAUUCACCCAUCUUUGAAACAGUUUCUCAGUGUGCAUCGUGUUAUUGCCAUAGACAGAGUUGGAGCAGCUCUGAUGGAACCCCUGAGUAAAAUGACAGGAACACAACCUAUUGGUUCUCUAGCCUCAAUCUCUCCUAGUAGUUACGGAAGUGCGAAAGAUUUGUGCAUAGCAAAGUUUGGCUUCAAGCACUUUUUCCAUCUCAUUCCUAAUGAAAUGACUGUCUCCAGCUUGCUCCUCUGCAGCAGAAAUGACACUGCCUGGAAGGAGCUGAAGCUUGUAUGUCAAACAGCACUGCACGUUUUGCAGUUAACAGUCAAGGAACCAUGUGUUUUGUUGGGAGGUGGCUGUACUGAAACUCAUUUGGCAGCAUAUAUCAGACACAAGACUUGUAACGAACCACAAAGCAUUCUCAAAGAUGAUGGAUGUACUCAAACAGAACUUAAGCUAAUUACUGAAGCCUUCUGCAGUGCGCUAGAAUCUCUCGCUGGCUCUUUAGAACAUGAUGGAGGUGAAGUUGUCACUGACCUGAAGUAUGGACACCUUUGGUCAGUUCAGGCAGAUUCUCCCUGUGUUGCUAACUGGACAGAUUUGCUUUCAAGAUGUGGCUGUGGACUAUACAAUAGCCAGGAAGAACUCAGCUGGUCCUUCGUAAGGAGUACUCGGCAUCCUUUUGCACCACAAACCUGCCUUCCACAGGAAGCUGCAAACUCAGCCAGUAACCUGAGCUUGGACUGCUUUACUGCUAAGCUUAGUGGCCUACAGGUGGCUGUGGAGACAGCCAAUUUGAUUCUGGAUCUUUCAUAUGUCAUUGAAGAUAAAAACUGAUAUAUGAUAAGUUUAACUGAUGCAAGAUAUGUUUAUAUUACAAAAAAAAAAAACUAGUAAGGUGUCAAUUAGGAGAAAUAUU